AUGAGUAUGAGAGUAGGGGAGGGAGUAGGAGAUGGAGAAGAAGAUAGAGUAGGAGAUGGAAUAGGAGAUAGAGAAGGAGAUGGAGUAGGGGAGGGAGUAGGGGAGGGAGUAGGAGAUGGAGAUGGAGAUGGAGUAGAAGAUGGAGUAGGAGAUGGAGUACAGGAUGGAGUGGGCGAUAGAGUAGAAAAUGGAGUAGGCGAUAGAGUAGGAAAUAGAGUAGGGGAUGGAGUAGGGGGAUGGAAUAGGAGAGGAAGAGAUGAAGUAGGAGAUGGAAUAGGGGAUAGAGUAGGAGAGGGAGUAGGAGAUGGAGUAGGAGAUGAAGUAGGAGAUGGAGUAGGAGAUGGAAUAGGGGAUAGAGUAGGGGAUAGAGUAGGAGAUGGAGUAGGAGAUGGAGUAGGAGAUGGAGUAGGAGAUGGAGUGGGAGAUGGAGUAGGAGAUGGAAUAGGGGAUAGAGUAGGGGAUAGAGUAGGAGAUGGAGUAGGAGAUGGAGUAGGAGAUGGAGCAGGGGAUAGAGUAGGGGAUUGA